AUGAAGGAUGGAAAGUGCAGCAAACAUUUCCCAAAGCCAUUCCUCGCUGCUAAAGUCUUUGAUAUAGAAGGUUACGCUCGCUACAAACACGGACCAGAUGCCCAAUACACAACAUCAUGUGGAAUCAUUAUCCACAGUGGAUAUGUUGUGCCAUAUAACAAGAAACUUUGCUCCAGAUUCGAAGCUCAUAUAAAUGUAGAAUAUUGUGGGUGGAACAUGAUGAUCAAAUACCUUUUUAAGUAUAUCUCAAAGGGAACAUAUCGUGUCAGAUAUGUCAUUCAAAAGGAUGUAGGUGUCAAUGAUGUUGGACCAAGCAACACUGUAAAUGAACAACCGGGUGUCAUGUGUCAAGAAAAGCAACACAUCGAUGAGAUAAAAACAUAUUUGGAUGGUAGAUAUAUUUGUCCGCAUGAAGCAGCAUGGCGAAUAUUUGAUUUCCCUAUACAUCAUCGAAAUCCAGCGGUCCAGAUACUCUCAGUUCAUGAAGAAAAUAGUCAGUCAAUUCUUUUCAAGGAAGACACAACAAUAAUAUAA